GCAGUGAGCAAGUAGUUUCAACAAAUCAACAAUGGGGAAUACACCCAGUACUCACAAGAUAUCCGCUCAGGAUAAAGCUAUCCUGGACAUGAAGAACCAGCGGGACAAGCUCCACCAAUAUCAACGGCGUAUAACUGUACUCACCGACCGCGAAACCGCUAUCGCAAAAGAAAUGUUGGCGAAAGGAGAUAAGAAACGAGCUCUCCUAGCUUUGCGACGGAAAAAAUAUCAAGAAUCAUUGCUGGCAAAGACGGAUGCGCAACUCGAGCAACUGGAGAAACUGACUAGUAGUGUGGAGUUUGCGCUGGUACAAAAGGAUGUUGUAUAUGGUUUACAACAAGGUACAAAUGUGCUGAACCAGAUACAUAAGGAGAUGGGAGGAUUGGAUCAUGUGGAGAAGUUGAUGGGAGAGACGGCGGAUGCAAUUGCUUAUCAACAGGAGGUGAGCGAUAUGUUGGGAGGAAUGAUGUCAAACCAGGACGAAGAUGAAGUAGAGGAUGAACUGGCUGCUCUAGAAGCAGAAGUUACAGGUGUUCCGCUACCUGAGGUCCCUACUGCGGGAUUGCCAUUGAAAGAUUCCUUGCCUGAUGUGCCGAGAUCGGAACUGUCGAGUAAAGAUAGGGCAAAAGCAAGACAACGUGAGCGCGAUGAACAACGAGUUGCAAUGUUAGCAUAGGAGUUAUAUUUUAUUGUUGGGCAUUUAAAGGAGUUAUGUGAGCAUUGGUUGGAUACCCGAAUCAUACUUUCACUCUCUUUGAAAUCAUCAGAUGCAUAUAUGGAGUCAGUGAUUACUGGGGACUGACUGAGAAGAAAGUCAUACAAUUGCGGUUGUGUGUAUAUAUAUUAUAGAUUGUACUCAUCCCUUAGGGCAUGAACAUUGAUACCAAUUAACACAGGCUUUCCUGAAACAACUCGGCGUUGCCA